UCAGUUGCCGCACUGCCCCCCCAGCUCAAUCACUUCGGCCAUCUCACCCCAGUCCCCCUCCUCAACCACACACACAGCCGCCAGCAGAUCAUGUGUGCCGAACUGGUCGUCGUCGAACCGCAGCAGCUGCACUUGCUGCCCAUUCACAUUCGCCCGCCGCAGCCCCGCCUGUGAGCCCAGCGAGUGGCUGAGCCGAUCUCUCAGCUGCGCUUCUCCGAAGAGCUGUUUGAGCCAGGUGCAGGUGGCCCUCAGCCGCACGACGUCCUUGACGCUGAGGAGGUAGCGGCUCCUCCGGCCCACACACAGGUAUGACACGGGGUGCUGCUGCUGCUCGUGGUGCUGCAUGGGAUGGAUGGGCCAAGACGGUCAGAUGAGUGAGGCAGUGGUCGACGACAGGCUGCACAGAGCGACAGAGCCGACAGACCGAGGAUUAUGUCCAUCAAGCAUGCUGCUCACACAGAUCUGUGUGCUGCUCACCUCGUUCGAUGCUCAGAUGGACAGAUCAGAGAGAGGUCAAUGAGCUAACACAACCACCAUCAGCACCAGCGGCAGAUGAGGAGGCCCUCGUCGCUCCUCA